GGUAGGAGAGCGGCUGAAGAAGCAGCGGAGGAAGAAGGAGUCGUUAGUAAGGAUGACUCGGCAUGGCAAGAACUGCACGGCUGGUGCCGUCUACACCUACCAUGAGAAGAAAAAGGACACCGCGGCCUCAGGCUACGGGACCCAGAACAUUCGACUGAGCCGGGAUGCUGUCAAGGACUUUGACUGCUGCUGCCUCUCUCUGCAGCCCUGCCAUGACCCCGUUGUCACCCCAGAUGGCUACCUGUAUGAGCGCGAGGCCAUCCUGGAGUACAUUCUGCACCAGAAGAAGGAGAUCGCCCGGCUGAUGAAGGCCUACGAGAAGCAGCGGGGCGCCCGGCGGGAGGAGCAGAAAGAGCUGCAGCGGGCGGCGGCGCAGGACCAGGUGCGGGGCUUCCUGGAGAAGGAGGCAGCCAUCGUGAGCCGGCCCCUCAACCCCUUCACGCCCAAGACCGCUUCUGGGACCGGCCCAGAUGAUGCCCAGCCCGGUCCCAGCACCGGCCCCGCGGGCAAGGACAACGACAAGGAGAAAAUGCUGCCCAGCUUCUGGAUCCCGUCCCUGACCCCCGAGGCCAAAGCCACCAAGCUGGAGAAGCCAUCCCGCACAGUGACCUGCCCCAUGUCUGGGAAGCCUCUGCGCAUGUCCGACCUGACACCCGUGCGGUUCACGCUUCUGGACGGCUCGGUGGACCGCGUGGGGCUCAUCACGCGCAGUGAGCGCUACGUGUGCGCCGUGACCCGGGACAGCCUGAGCAACGCCACGCCCUGCGCCGUGCUGCGGCCCUCUGGGGCCGUGGUCACCCUUGAGUGCGUGGAGAAGCUGAUUCGGAAGGACAUGGUGGACCCUGUCAACGGCGAGAAGCUCACAGACCGCGACAUAAUCGUGCUACAGCGGGGUGGCACCGGCUUCGCGGGCUCCGGAGUGAAGCUGCAGGCGGAGAAGUCACGGCCUGUGAUGCAGGCCUGAGAGCGCAGGAGACCGAAUAAAGGGUUUGGAAGCCACAGGCGGUGCAGCGCCUUCAUUCGCCUCUGGAGCCCCGGCCGGCCGCGGCGAGGAGCCUUCCGGCGGCGGUGGGCCUGCUGGAAUGACUGGAGUUGGAAGGCAUGGGCUGAGAGUAUUUAAUGUGGUUGCGGGUUAAGAGUAAAAUCUGAGUUGAACGCAA